CGCCCGCCCCGCCCCUGGAUGCCGCUGUGCCCCGGCGCGGCCGCCACCGAUCGCAGCACAGGAGCCGCCGCCGCCACGGUUGAUGUGGUUGGCCCGGGGCUGAGGAGGCCGCUAAGAUGCCGCAGUCCAAGUCCCGGAAGAUCGCGAUCCUGGGCUACCGGUCUGUGGGGAAAUCCUCAUUGACGAUUCAGUUUGUUGAAGGCCAAUUUGUUGAUUCCUACGAUCCAACCAUAGAAAACACUUUCACAAAAUUGAUCACAGUAAAUGGACAAGAAUAUCAUCUUCAACUUGUAGACACAGCUGGGCAGGAUGAAUAUUCCAUCUUUCCUCAGACAUACUCCAUAGAUAUUAAUGGUUAUAUUCUUGUGUAUUCUGUUACAUCAAUCAAAAGCUUUGAAGUGAUCAAAGUUAUCCAUGGCAAACUGUUGGAUAUGGUGGGGAAAGUACAGAUACCUAUUAUGUUGGUUGGGAAUAAGAAAGACCUACAUAUGGAAAGGGUGAUCAGUUAUGAAGAAGGGAAAGCGUUAGCAGAAUCUUGGUACGCAGCUUUUUUGGAAUCUUCUGCUAAAGAAAAUCAGACUGCUGUUGAUGUUUUUAGAAGGAUAAUUUUGGAGGCAGAGAAAAUUGACGGGGCCGCCUCACAAGGAAAGUCCUCCUGCUUGGUGAUGUGAUUCUACUGCAGAACCUGAGGGCACUGGGAACCUGGCCUGCCUGAGGAGGCAACCUGCCCAUUUUCCUUUAAGAUAAACUCUGCUUCAUUUCUCUUCUGUUAACCUGAAAGAUUUCAUUUGGGUCAGAGCUUCUCUCCCAACCCCUCCUUUCAGAUUAUGUUAAACUCUGACUCGGUCCAAAUGAGUUCACUUCCAUUUUCAAAUUUUGAGCAAUCAUAUUUUCAAUUUAUAUAUUGUAUUUCUUAAUAAUAUUAUGACCAAGAAUUUUAUUGCAUUAAUUUUUCAGUGUAGUUUCUUGUUUAAAAUAAUGUAAUCAUCCAAAUGAUACAUAUUGUUACACUACUAUUAACUAGGCUUCAGUAUGUCAGUGUUUAUUUCGUUGUGUUAAGUGUAUACUUGUAAAUAAA